AUGUCUGGCGGCCACGGAUCCGCGCGUCGGCCGCCGCGCUCGGGAGGCGGCGGGGGCGGUGGCACAGCUCCCGCUAGUGGCUUCACCUAUAUUGGCACCGAGACACGUGUGCACCAGCCGCUCACGCUCAACAAUGGUGCCCCGGCUCACCACCUCAACAAUGGCUCGUUGCGCUCUUUGCCGGAGAAAAAGAAUAACCGCAACGGUGUCGUGUGCCAUCCCGAAAACUUCCAACGAAACCUUGACACCCGCUACUCCAGAAAGCAAGAGAACGGUUACUUGCGCAAUUCUGAAACGAUAAUCGGGUUCCCGCGGAACGACAGGGACUACGAACGGGAUCAUACAGAGUACAGCGAACCCGAGUACUCCAUCAUCCCGGAGAAUGGGUACGGCCGCGGCAUGGACGACUACCCGCGGUCUUGCACGCACUCCAAUACGUUUAACUGUUGA